UUGGCGGCGGCGGCGGCUCGGGCGGGGGCGGGGGCGGGGGCGGCGGUGACCGGGGCGGCUCCUGACCAGCCGCCAGCAGUCUGGGCUGAGCCGUGGCAGCACAACGUGGUGAUCUAGCCGCCUCAGCAGGAGCUGACCUCGCCCGCUCGGUCUGACCUGACCUGACCUGGCCGAGCGUUAGUAGUGAAGACGAGCCAUGGCCGCUGACUGGAGACUCACAGUGCUGUGGUUGGCUCUCCUGCAAGUGACAGCCGGAGCUAAGAUACCCUGGUGGAGCAUCAAAAUCGCCAGAGAGCAGGGACCGCAUGCCUGCGUGGUGGAAGAAGUUCCGGGGACGGACAUUGAAAUCUGGACCGAAUGUCGCUUCUGGAUCAACCGAGAAAUAUGCGGACAAAAGACGAUGAUCCGUUACGAGUGCUGCGAGGGAUACCAGCAAAGCGGAGGAGACCAAGGGUGUACCUCAGUCAAACCGCUCAAAAACCUCCUGGAAACCGCCAGAGACCUCGGAGCCACUCGAUUUGUGUCUGCCAUCCUCGACGCCGGUUUGGAGUCGGAACUGCGCAGAGACGGCGCCUUCACACUGUUCCUGCCAACCAACGAGGCCUUCGACCAAAUGUCUGAGAGUCUGCGGGGCUCGCUGGAGGCUCAGGCCGGUAACCCGCUCAGUCCGGUCCUGCUGUACCACCUGCUGGACGGGAAGCUGACCACCAAGGAGAUGCGUGCUGACCAGCUGGUGGAGACCCGGAGUGGCGCGCAGCUGCGGCUCAGCAAGUACUCCAACCAGAUGACCACGGUCAACUGCAACCCGCUGAUCCGACGCGACCAGAAGGCCACUAACGGCGUGCUGCACCUGAUCGGAGCGGUGCUGGAUCCGAGCACCAUCAGCAGCAGCUCCGUGGUCGACCUCGUCAUCCAGGACGGCCGGUUCAACAUCUUGACGGACGCCUUGGAGAAGUCGGGGUACAUCCAGGAACUGCGCCGCAUGCCGAAUGCCCUGACGAUCAUGGCACCGUCUGAUGAGGCCUUCCAGAAGCUGCCGGAGAAGCGACUGGAGAAAAUACUCAGCGAUAAGGCGGCUCGCCACGCUCUGCUGAAGAACCACGUGGUGCCCCACCCUGUGUGUAAAUCGGCUGUGAUUGGCGAGCACAAGAUGAGGACCGACGCAGACAACAAGGUGGCCUUCAACUGCGACAAAAAGUCAGUGUUUGUGGAGCGGGCCCAAAUGAGCCAAGAAGAGAUGUCAGGGCAGAACGGAGUCGUUCACGUGCUGGACGAGCUGCUCAUCCCAGACAGAGCGAUGAACUUCCUGGAGCUGGCCGAAAAGUACAGCCUUCUAACGUUCCUGAGUCUGGUGCGGGUCGCCGGCCUGGAGGAGGCCUUCGGAGACUUCGGCGACUACACGCUCUUCGUGCCCAACGAGAACGCAUUCCUCGCGGUGUCCGAGUCGGUGAUGGAGAAGGCCCGCUCGGACCCGGAGGCAGCCCGCCAGCUGCUGCUCUUUCACGGCACCCAGGGACGCAUCCUGAGCAACGGCAUCUCCGACGGCCAGGUGGAGAUGUCUCUGGACGAGGAGAACCCGCUGCGGCUCCAGGUCCACCGCAGUGCGCUGGCUGUAGAGAACGGCAUCAUCCAGCGAGCCGACAUCGAGGCGCAGAACGGAGUCCUCCACAUCAUCGACCGCGUCUUGCUGCCCUCCAACAAGACCAUCGAGGAGAUCCUCCGCGAGAAGGGCGAGUUCAGUUUCUUUCUGGCCGCGAUGGAGCGUGCGUCGGCGUACGACGCCAAGGCGCUGGAGCUGCAGCUGCAGGGGGUGGCCACCGUAUUCGCUCCGACCGACGCCGCCUUCCGCGCCCUGGGGCAGACGCAGAUGGACGCCAUCCUCAACGACAGGGAGACCCUCCUCAAGACGGUGAAGAAUCACGUCUCGACGCGAAUCCUCAGCUCGGGCUCGUUCCAGCCGGAUCUGACCUACCAGGUGGCCACCAAGCAAGGCUCGGUGGAUCUGCGCAGAGAAGGAAACCAGUUCACCGUGGACGGAGUGCGUGUCCGGGAGUGGGACAUCACGAAUGCCAACGGAAUCCUGCACCUGAUAGACGGAGUUCUGGUUCCUCGUGAGCGACGACAGACAGCCGGCGGCCACGGCUACAUCAGCGGCGGCAGCAGCAGCAGCAGCAGUAGCAGCAGUAGCAGCUCGCGCAGAGUCAUUUCCACCAAUGGCUACAAGAAGACGGUGAUCUCGCACACUCGGAGGACCCAGGUCUCCAGCUCCGGGUCGACCUCUCACUCGUCGAGCUUCUCCAAGGUGGUGUCCAGCAGUGGCUAGUCGUCGAACACUCUGGAGUCUUCCCGCCUACAGAGAGCGCCAUUCAGCUGCAGAGGUUCAACCAGUGCAGCUGCUGGGGCUAGUUGGAUGUCGCGAGAAGGGCGGAGCGAGGGAGGGAGAUGAGGGGAAAGUAGCGGCCAUACGCGGUUGCAGUCACCCGAUUCCUCGAAAAUGUAUUCUUUGUUUUACCUCUCGUUCAUAAAAAUACUGCCAUUUAAGUUUAGGUCGGAAUGUUGUUGAUUUGUUAUUAUCCUUUGUUCGAGAUGAAAUUUGAUAUUUGACUCAUCUGAUUUUCAAUAUAAUGUCGUUUGUGCGUGCCGUGCCAAACCAUGGGCAGUUGGAUUAGCGAGUAUACGCGCUGAAAGCUGCCAUUUUUCAGUAUCAGCGUGCUGUCGUUAGAGCUAACCGAUUUAAGUGUUACUUUUAGCAUGUCCUACCCCAUCGUCUCAUCUACCUGAACCUAUCACUGCCGGAGGUUGGUAGCUACAGCAGCACUUGUGGCGCAUCACUGCCGAAAAACAACGCCUUCCUUAGGACAUAUAGAUGUUUGUAAGUCUUCUUCUGUUACAGUGCUUUCUUGUUACCCCUGUUAGUUGUUAGCAGAUUUACUAAUUAUGUUACAUCUACUAAUGCCGCGCCGCAGACCACCGUAUACACCGGUACACAGAGGUCUAUGCCUCACAGAACAACGUCUACUCGAGGACAUAUUAGUAAUUAACGUCGCGUGGUUCAAUGGAGGAAGUAUACCAUGGAGGAAUGUAUACUGUGGAGGAAGAACGAGCAUUGUAUCGGAGACGAUGGUUAUGGUUUAUUGAACAUACACGGUUAACAUAUA